AUGGAAAUUAUUGAAAAUAAUAAAGGAGGUCAGAAAUUGUGUUUGGAAGGGUAUAUGUAUACAAAAAAAUUGAGUAGAGGAGCAACGAUUCGUUGGCAAUGCUCUAGAAAAACAUUUUUCAACUGUUUAGGAGCAAUUUCAACAAACAUUGAGAUUACUGAAAUAAAGUGUCUGAAAGAACACAACUAUGUUUCAGAACCCGAAGAAAUUGCAAAAGCGAAGGUUUUGAAUGAAAUGAAAAAGACUGCUAUACUAUCUUCUACGGCCAAACCGAGCCAAAUAUAUGCAGACGCUUUAUCGGGGUUAGAUGAAGAAGACAGAGCAAAUGUAGGCCAUAAAGAUCACGUGACAAAAACAAUUAGAAACCAACGCCGCAAAAAUAUUCCAAUUGAACCAUCCAAUACAGAAUUCAAAAUACCAAAAGCUUGGCAGAUGAGAGAAGGCAACGAAAAUGUCAUCAUCUACGACAGUGGAGCCAAUCCAUUCAACCGGAUAAUUGUUUUUUCGACAUUCGUGCAAUUAUAA